AGUAAAAUGAGUCCCGAGGGUCAAAACCCUAGACUCCGACACAGAAGAAAGACCCGAGAAUCAACGAUCGUUUCCUAAAACUCUCGAUUUCGCCCAGUCGGUCUUCGCUUCUCAUUGCGCUACCUCUUCUCCUCCUUCUUCAUUCUCAUAAUCUACAGAUAUAACCAGUUUUAGUUCAUGGCUGGUCAGAGGAAUAGUUACGGAAAACGAAAUCAUUCCCAGUCUGAUUAUUCUGAAAACGGAGGGAACAAACGAAGAAGUCAUGGUGAGGACCGGGACCAGUUUGUCAUAGAUUCAGAAGAUACCGUUUACCGGUAUUUGUGCCCUGUUAAAAAGAUUGGAAGUGUUAUUGGAAGGGGAGGGGAGAUUGUGAAGCAGUUAAGGAUAGAUACUAAAUCAAAGAUUAGAAUUGGAGAAACAGUGCCUGGAUCAGACGAGCGUGUCAUAACAAUCUACAGUGUGAGCAACGAGAUCAAUUCUUUGGAAGAAAGUAGUGAUUAUGUUUCUCCAGCUCAGGAGGCUUUGUUCAAAAUCCACGAUAGAGUUGUGGCCGAUGACUUGAUGGAUGAGGACUCCGAAGGAGGAGGUCACCAAGUCACAGCAAGACUUCUUGUACCAUCUGAUCAAAUUGGUUGUAUUAUUGGGAAAGGUGGGCAGAUUGUCCAGAAUAUUCGCACUGAGACUGGGGCACAGGUUCGCAUUCUUAAGGAUGAUCAUUUACCACGUUGUGCUUUGAGUUCUGAUGAACUUGUGCAGAUAUCUGGUGAACCCUUGAUUGUGAAGAAAGCCUUGUACCAGAUUGCAUCUCGGCUGCAUGACAAUCCAUCACGAUCUCAGCAUCUACUCGCUUCUGCCAUACCUGGUGUAUAUUCUUCUGGUGGUUCACUUAUGGCUCCUACACAUGGUGCCCCGAUUAUGGGAUUAGCUCCAUUGGUCAGUCCGUAUGGAGGUUAUAAAGGUGACAGUGGUAAUUGGUCCAGGUCUUUAUAUUCAGCUCCAAGGGAAGAUUUAUCUUCAAAAGAAUUUUCUCUUCGACUGAUAUGUCCAACUGAAAAUAUUGGAGGUGUCAUUGGAAAGGGUGGAGCUAUAAUCAAUCAGAUUAGACAGGAGACUAAGGCUGCCAUAAAAGUUGAUAGUUCAGCUACUGAAGGAGAUGAUUGUUUGAUAAAUAUUUCAUCAAAGGAGUUCUUUGAAGACUCAUAUUCUCCCACGCUGGAAGCUGCAUUGCGCUUGCAACCAAGAUGCAGUGAGAAAGUAGAAAGAGAUUCUGGGAUUAUUUCAUUCACAACCCGUCUGCUUGUGCCUACCUCACGAAUUGGUUGCUUAAUUGGUAAGGGUGGAGCUAUCAUUACCGAGUUGAGAAGGCUCACCAAGGCUAAUAUUCGAAUACUGUCAAAGGAAAACCUCCCCAAGGUUGCCUUGGAAGAUGAUGAAAUGGUGCAGAUAUCUGGGGAUAUUGAUGUUGCCAAGGAGGCUCUUGUACAUAUAGUGACCAGGCUUAGAGCCAACCUUUUUGAUAGAGAAGGUGCUCUCUCAGCUGUUCUGCCUGUUCUGCCGUAUCUUCCUCUAUCAGCUGAUGGUUCAGAUAGUCUAAGUUAUGAUGGUAGAGAAGGUAAAAGACAUGGGCGUGGGCAUUCAUAUUCAAGUGGUUAUGGGGGUUUCAGUGAUUUGGCUGGUGGUGAUGGUUAUGGAAGCUACAGUGGCUCACAGAUUGGUGGUGGUGGUGGUGGUGGUAGUGCUUAUGGGUCCUAUGGAAGUUUUUCUGUGGGACGAAGUGGUAGUUCAGGGGUUUCUGGACAUGGCAGUGUUUCUCGGAGGAGAAACUAUUCCUAGAUACGGUGGUCAUUGUAUACAGCUGAGAUUUUGAAGCCUGAGGGCCAGCCUACUGCCUAAACCUGAAGACCAGAUGAACCAGGGUUUGACAUAUUCAUGGCCCACCUCGAUGCUACCUUUAGAAGAACCAUGCCUGAAGAUCCUGUUGACUCUUAAUUUUAACUCGUCCACAUACCAAGAUGACCAUGCAUAAACUCUUGAGCUCCUUAAGAACCUAUUAGCCGAAAUGCCUUGGCUUUUUUUGUUGUUUUUCCUGCUCAAAGAUUGAACUAUGAAACCGUGUUGACUUCCGCAUUGGACACUUGUGGAGUUUCGUUUUGUGUGGUUUACUGCUAUAAGAUUUGAUUAGAGUUCAUGAUGUCCUCGAGAUUCUGCUUUGUUUUUUAACCCCCUUGAGUGCACCCUAUUUCUGCAUGAUCUCCUAAAUUGUGCAGGGAUUAAAUGUCAUGUUCUGCUCUCUUGCACCCAAUGGUCAUUCAUUUUUAUGGCGAUAUAACAUCCCCCACUUUAGACCUCCUAAUUUCUAUAAAAGAAAAAGGUUCUCUCAUCAAGUCUCGUGUUCUAACCUUUGAGUGAACUUAAUAAGAAAAUCCUUAUCUUUCUGGGUCAAGACUUUGGGUGGGUGCAGGUGCCUUCGGAUUAGUGGGGGGUGGGGCCUUCAAAUUACUGGGUUAUCGAAAAAGAAUAUCAAGUCCUAAUAGUUUUGUUUAAGAAUAUGAUAUCACCAGCCAGAGAACAGAAGGAAAGGGGGCCAGUUUGUUUUCUAAUUAUUCAAGCUAUAUCUAUUAAACACAGUGAAAUUGGAAAUAUGUGGUUAAAUUAAAGAUGCUUGCUGUUUUAUUUUAUCCAUUACGUGAAGAUGCAAUAUUAGGGCAAGCCGGUGUCUAAUCUAUACUUGACAGGGCAAAAGGUAAGGAUAGUUUUAGUUUGAAAAUGCAUUGGUUUGCUUAUUGUUUAUGUUUGGUCGGUCAAGUGAGUAUUUUUCUAGGAAUCAUGUAGGAUGCCUUGCAAUAUUUUUGUUUCAUAACUUUGAAUUUUAUAUAGGAUUUACAGAAUUUUAUGCUUCAAAGGCCUUUUUUCUGUUAACAUAGCUGUGAGGUCAAGCUGAAACAUAUGUGCCAGGUUACUGGUAACUCUAGGUAUAGCAAAAAAAAAAAAAAAAAAAAAACCCCUUUAUGCAAGAAAGUUACUUUUUCCGAUCCUGGACGUGGUUUGUGCUUUAAGCCUCUGGUUCUUGCUUGGAAACUUGGUAGCUGGAACUAUAUUGAUAAUCAUGGUGGAUACAUGUUAUAUAAGUAUGCUGCAAGGGAGUUUUCUAGACUGGCUCAUUUUGACCUUGGAAGGUUCUAUUUUUAUGACUUAGAAAAUGAGGGUUAGAUAAAAUGUCCGUACAAAUUGUUAAUGUGUUUGGCACAAUAUGAAGAGUUGGCUUCAAAUCAAAUGGUUGCUUGCAAUCAAUUCGAAGAUUAACUUGGAGAUGAUGGCUAGAAUGAGCGCAGGAUUGGACGAGAAUGGUCGGAUUGAAUUGAAAUGAGUCUCUUUGUAUUGUUCUUUUUCAAUUUUAUAGAAACUCUAUCGAUAUUUUAUUAUUAGAAUCUAUUUUUAUGAAUAAAAAAAUUAGUGUUAUAAUUCCUA